GCGGUUUCUCCUUCUCCACCCGCUCUAUUUAUAUUCCUCUACUCGCUCCGUUUUCACUCCCUCCCAUCUCUCCAGCAUAACAAAAACUCUUUCCGCCUCACGACACAAAGACCUCGCUUCUCGCGGUCACCGCUUCUUGGUUGCCGGUCAAACCAAAUCCCUUCUUAACUGCGUUCCUCCCAUCCCUUCCGUCAACCCAACAAUAGAUAUUCACUUCUUGCUAAAAAAUGUGUUGAAAACACCUCAGAGUCGGUUUCUUUUGCAAAUUUAAAUUGUUUUCUUUAAAAUUUAAGGUUUCUAAAUUAGAUACUGCUAGCAAUAUGGCAUCAUCAGAGAACUUGGCAAGUCUUGAACCAUGGAAUAUGAUGUGCAGGUCGAAUUUUCCUGAUUUUUGGCUUCCUGAAGCCUAUGCUCGCGACACAGAAACCCUCACAAAAGCCCUUCAAAAAUCCCUCUUUAACAACAUAGAUGACACUCCUACAGGCACAAAGACCGAUGAUAACAGCACUAACUCUUUCUCCAUGAACGAAACUUUUUCUUCAAAUUCAUUCAACCCGUUUACCAGCCUAAUCGAGACGGCACCCCCGACUCCGACGGCCUCGAACGUUUCUGGGUCAGACCCAGAAACUGCUGGAGCCACCAAACGCCAGAGAAACUUGGUCCCGGGUGCAACUGGGAAGGUUUCGAAACGGAAGACACGAGCUUCCAAACGGUCUCAGACAACGUUUAUAACAGCGGAUCCGGCUAAUUUUAGACAGAUGGUGCAACAGGUUACCGGUGUUAGAUUCGGCAACUCACAGGUUUCAACGGUUCCUGUCUUGAAACCUGAGCCACAGAGGCCUGGUGGCCGGUUGCUAGGGGGUAGCGGGUACCUGCCCACGCUUGAUACGUCGGCGUUUUUGCUUGAUCAUCAUCAUCAACAUCAUGCGGUCACGGGGUCAACUUCCGGGUCUAGUACCGGGACUGAAUUUGGGCCUGGACCGAUUUUGUUUACCCAGCCCAUGGUGGGGGAUGUUGGUGUUCAUUCUAGUAGUGGUUUUGAUUUCGACACUUUCUCUAGCUUUCCAACUCUAGAGUCAUGGAAGGUUGUGUGAUGAUUAAUUAAUUUAGGGUUUUUGUUUCCCCCCCACCUUUUUCUUGGUAUUUUGGGAGGCAAGUUUAAGGAUUAUGUGUAGUAUGUGUCUAUAAUUUUGGCACGCCAUGGUUUAGACUAUAGUUCUUCAUAGCCUUGUUUAUUUUGUAUUUCUGUUUAUGUAAUGUAAAACUUCAUCCAAUGCAUUAGUAUAUAGUUAUUAAUGCUUUAUGCU